AUGACCCAACCUGUGAAGAAUGUGGCCUUGAACCCGAAACUGUCCUCCAUGUGCUCUGUCAAUGCCCGAAGGCCAAAGAAGUUUGGACCCAUUGUCAUUUGCUUCAUCGAAUUGAGGGCAAAGGAGAUUUUACUGAUAAAUGAAAAGAGGUAUGGGGGAAAAAACCUUGCAGCUGCUGCAAUAUAUAGGACAACCAUGACAAUGCUACAGGAAUAUUAUUUAGCCCAAGAAAAUGUAAGCCAGACUCGGGAUGUCUCACCAUGCCAGAAUAAAUGGACACCACCACCACAUGGGUGGUACAAGGUGAAUACAGAUGGGGCAAUGUUUUCAAAACAAAAAUGGGCUGGCAUUGGAGUGAUAGCAAGGGAUGAACAAGGAAGGGUGGUCGCAGCUAUGAGCAAACGACUACAGGUCCCGUUGGGUGCUUUGGAGGUUGAGGCUAAAGCACUUGAAGUUGCCGCUGGCUUUGAAAAAGAUAUUGGUGUCCAAAAGGGGGCAACAAAGCCUCCCAUAACUAUUGCAAACAUCAUCUCAAGUACAAUUCAGAUUAUGCAGCAGUUACAACAUGUGGAAGUCCAACACACGCGAAGGGAGGGAAACAGAGCAGCUCAUGGCCUUGCAUAG